AUGAGUGAUUCUGACGAGGAAGGCCAAAUUGAAACUCAGAUCGAUGCUCCUAUUGAAAAUAUCAUACAGGGAUCUGAGCUUACUACCACAACUGCCGAUAAAGGGACUUUGAAGGCGGCAAAUGAAUUAUUAGACUCAUUAGAAAACUCACACAGAGGCGACCUUUCACUGCAUUUAUACUCUGCUUACCUUUUGAAAAAACUAUUAUACAGAGCAAACGAGAGAAAACAUUUUUACGAAGUAAAUCAGUUUGUAAAGACCCAAAUUAAGGACAACUGGACAAGUUGGCCCAGCCCAAAUACAAUCAUCGAUCCUCGUACAGAUAGACUGUACGAAGACAUACCGGAAGGUAUUGAGAGCGUAAGUAUACCGCCUGGAGAGGUUUCAGACAGAGCUUUAAUUCAUGCCUCUGACAUGAUGACGGUAGAGCUAGGUGCUCAAUGGCAGAAAUGUCUCUCUAAAUCAGCCUUCGAGCAUGAUGUAACGUUGGAUGUGGAUGAAUUGAACAUACCGAUUGAAAUUUCUCAAAACAUCUUAGUUAAACUAGACAGCCUAUUCGAAGGAUUGCACGAUAGAAUAGCGAAAGAAAAUGAGUUCGAUGUAAGGCAAGAUACGCAUUCUAACAAUAUAAAUGUAAGUCAGAUAGACGACGAGCCCAUACAGGCCAACCGACGAAUUAAAUUCACAUACCAUGACAUAAUUUCGAGAGGAUGUGAAAUGAACGAGGAUAUGACAGAAAUCUAUAUGAAAUCAUUAGAAUUAUUCAACGAUAUUCCAGAAAAGUUCAAAAGAAGCAAAUUCAAAUUAUCUAAACAGAUCAUGAAAAAGUAUAACCAGCCAAAGAAGACUAGUUCAUAUUUAAAGGAGUUAUUAAGCAAAACAAGAGAGGAGUAUAUACCUGUGGAAAAAUUACUAAAAGAUAAGCGGUUGACAUCAAAAGAUAAAUCCAAGCUACAACGAUUGAAUCGUGAGGAAACUGAAGAUGCUUUAAACAAAAGAACCUUUUUUCAAGUCAAAGGCUACUCAGUGGAUGAAGACGAAAUAUCCGAUUACGACUUGGAUGACUGUCUCAUUGAGCCGUUUAACGACAAAACAUGA